UAGUCAAUUUAUCAAAAUGCAGAAACAGUUUCUACUAUGUGUAUUCAUUGGGAUCGCUGCUUGUGAAUUACUUGCAGUCGUUGAAGUGACAAGACAUGGAGCUAGGACCCCGAUGGAGGUGAAAUUAGAACACUAUUUUGGAGUUUCCUCAGGUCUUGAUAAUGCUCACCUUACUCCAACAGGAGAAAGGCAACAUUACUUAUUAGGAGCAAAGAGAAGGAAACAGUAUGUUGUCACAGAGACAGCAGAAGAAGGAAACUACCCUCUGCUCUCUCCCAAGUAUGAUAUGAGCGAGAUGUACAUUGAAACAACCGAUAGAAAUAGAACUUUUAUGAGUGCUUAUUCACACAUGAUAGGAAUGUAUCCACCUUUGGAUCCUGAUGAAGAAUCUGAUACCUAUAAAGUAUUUUCAGAAGACCAUCUCCCUUACGAUAUCAAGACAAGUGUUUAUCAUAGCCUUGCAAGAGUGUAUGAUGAGCAUAACUGUCCAUAUGCUGCAGAUAUUUUGCAAGAAAAUUUGAUAGAUGCUGAAGUAGACUAUGCUAACAAUACUCUUUUCCAAGAUAUGCUUACUGAAGCAAACCUUAAUCUCAACCUUCCUCGCCCUUUCUCAGGUUUCAAUGACUUGUGGACAAUCGUAGAUACUUAUGAGGCUCUUUCCUUCUCAAAAAUUGGGAAUUACACAGAAAUGUCAGAUGGGUUCAUUGCUGGUGUUGAGGAUGUAUCUUACACUGGCUUGUUUCCUAUGUGGAACAAACGUCUGGAAGGGGUACAGCUUUCAACUCAUCCCUAUUUGACCUUCCUGGAUCGCUUGCUUUCAAGCCUAGUUGGGUCGGAUACCCCAACUCCUUCAAACAAAGAUAUUCAGCAUAUCCCUCUUGAUAGGAAGUAUUACUUCUUUUCAGGACAUGAUACCACAUUAUCGACUUAUUUAUGUGCUCUGAACCACUCAAAUGUUACUAGGCCAGUUUAUGCUUCAAGCCUUCUACUAGAACUUCAUGAAGAUUCAGACUUGUUUUACAUCAGAUACUUGUAUAACGGAGAACCUUUGAUCCUCGGUUCCUUCUGUAACUCAGAAGGUAAUUGUGAGCUUCAAGGAUUCCUUGAGUUUAUUAGAACCAAGAUGUUCACAGAUGGAGACUAUGAUACUAUUUGUUCUGAGAGACAUCAAGAGGAUGGAUACCUAGGAGGUGGAAAUUAUUACCCAUUCAUCUUCAUAGGCAUCGCUUUGGCAAUGCUGAUAAGCUUCUGUAUAGGCUUUUACCUCUAUAAGUCCAGGAAUAAAAGAGAAGAAGUUGAACUAGGCCUAAUAAAGAGUUAAUGGAGUGGAUAACUUAUGGUCAA